UAGUUUGAGGUACUGGUUGAAUUUUAUUUUGUAAAUUUCGCGCCGAGCGCAAAAUAUCUUUAGAUUUUCCAGUAACAUUUUGGCACUAAUAUUAAAAAAGGUAACCAAUCUGAUUAGGUACACUACCUGCCAUUUGUUCACUUUUAAAACAAUUGAAAAUUAAAAUUGAUUUACUAUAAAAAACGUUGCCUCCACCCGUUUUCAUAUAUACGAAAAGUAUCUCCACGUGCUGACGCUACACUCAAUUCAAAGCACAUGCAAGUUGUAACCAGUAAAAUAACCAUGCUUCUUUACAGUUUACGCAGCCUGCAUCAUGCAUGCCACAUUGUAGAAUUAAUUUUUAGUUCAACGUAAGGCUGCAACGCUGUUUCAUUACGAUUGCAGUGUAUCAUCAUAUAUGCAUUGCGAUUCGAACUAUUAGACGAAUUUUUGAAUGAUAAAAACCUUAACCUAGGGAAAUAUAUACGUUACUAUGGUAACUAGGUAGUUUUACGGUGAUUUGUGUUUACAUCGCAUAUUUUCUUUAAUUUCUUCAAUUAAAAAAAAGGAAUCAUUUUUAUCGUAAUAAUGGAAUAUAAACUUUUCGUGCUGAGCGGUUUGUUUCUGAUAAUAUAUGGGGUAAAUUCGGAAUCAAAUUUUGAUAAUGAUUUAAAUGGAUAUAUUGCAUUUUGUCCAUGUAUGGGGCGUUUUGGAAAUCAAGUUGACCAAUUUUUAGGUGUUCUGGGAUUUGCGAAAGCACUUAAUCGCACUCUUAUUCUCCCUCCAUGGGUAGAGUAUAGAACUGGAGAAGUUAAAUCAUUACAAGUUCCUUUUGACACUUAUUUCAAUGUUUCUGAAGUAGCAAAAGCUCAUAGGGUCAUAUUGAUGGAAGACUUUAUGAAACAUUUGGCACCAAUACACUGGCCCCCACACGAAAGAACAGCAUUUUGUUACAAUCCUAGAGGAGGUAAUAAUUCUUGUAAUGCUAAAGAUGGUAACCCAUUUGGCCCGUUUUGGGAUACAUUUGAUGUUGAUUUUGUGGAAUCUGAGUUCUACAAUCCACUAAAUUUUGAUGUAUACCACAAUAGCAUGGAUUAUUUAUGGAGGAAAAAGUAUACUUCAGCAAAAUGGCCUGUAUUAGCUUUUACUGGGGCACCUGCAAGUUUUCCAGUUCAGCUAGAAAAUAAACAUUAUCAAAAAUAUCUAGUCUGGAAUGAUCAAAUGCUGUCAAGUGCCAAACAAUUUAUUAAAAGCAAAUUACCAUCUGGAGCAUUUAUUGGUAUACAUUUGAGAAAUGGAAUUGAUUGGACAAGGGCUUGUGAGUUCAUUUCAACUACCCCUAAUUUAUUUGCUGCUCCUCAGUGCUUAGGUUAUAGAAAUGAAAAAGGAAAAGCUACUCAUGCAAUGUGUUUACCUCCUUAUGAUUUAAUUGUCAGACAAAUAAAAAGAGUCAUAAGGAAUGGAGUAGGCAUUAAAUCAGUAUUUGUAGCUUCUGACAAUGAUUAUAUGAUUCCUGAACUCAGUAAAGCUUUAGAAAGAUUAGAAGUAAAAGUGUUUAAACAAGAAGGAGGAUCUCCGCAUUUGGACUUGGCUAUACUUGGUCGGUCUAAUUAUUUUAUUGGCAACUGCAUUUCCUCAUUUUCUGCAUUUGUAGCCAGAGAAAGAGAAGUGAAAGGUUACCCGACAUUCUUUUGGGGAUUUCCCCCUGAAAAACCAUUGACAAAAUCUAAACAUGAAGAACUGUAAAUAAGUUAGAAAAAAAUUGU